AUGGCAACUGCGAUUCCGAAGAACCGAAUCCUAGCGCCGAAGGAUGCUUCGAAUUUCCGCGCUGCAUUAAAACUCUAUGAAGCCAAGCAGUAUAAAAAGGCGCUCAAGGGAGUAGAAGGUGUACUCAAGAAAAGUCCUAAUCAUGGCGAAUCUUUGGCUUUGAAGGGUCUAGUACUUUAUCAUUUAGGCAAGAAGGAAGAGGGCCAUGAAUCGAUUAAAAAGGGUUUGGAGAAGGACAGCACCAGUUAUGUGUGUUGGCAUAUCUAUGGUUUGUAUCAUCGUCAAGAGAAAGACUAUGAAGAGGCCACUAAGAGCUAUUCCAAGGCAUUGCAGUAUGAUCCAGAGAACCAAAAUGUAAUUAGAGAUUUGGGUAUCUUGCAGAUGCAAGUCCGUCAAUAUGAUGCUCUGGUCAGUACCAGAAGCAAGAUGUUGUCUCAUCAACCAGGAUUCCGUCAGAAUUGGAAUGCUUUGGCCAUUGCCCAACAUUUGUCAGGAGAUUAUGCUGGUGCUGAAAAGACGCUUCUCAACUUUGAACAAGUGACUGCUAACGAAACAUUGGCUAAAGACGAUGCUGAGAACUCGGAGAUUCUUUUAUACAAAAAUCUCAUUAUCUAUGAAAGUGGGGAUGUGGCAAGAGCUUUGGAAGAUUUAGAGUCCAUUUCCGACAAAGUGCUCGACGUCAAGUGUCUAAAUGAAUGGCGUGCCAAGUAUCUGCUUGAACUUGGCAGAGCUAAAGAUGCUGAAAAACAGUAUAGAAUGCUGAUUAAACGUAAUCCUGAGUGCCGAGAGUACUAUUUGGGUUUGGAAAAGGCUUUAAAUAUCAAGGAAGAUGACAUUCCUGUUCGUACUGCCUUGUACCACCGACUAGCAGAGAAAUACCCUAAGGCCGACUUGCCAAGAUCUAUUCCUUUGGGAUUCUUGGCUGGUAAUAGUGCCGAGUUCAAAAAGAAUGUUGCCGAGUAUAUCAGCAACUAUUUAGUACGACAGGUGCCAUCGACAUUUGUCAUUGUCAAACCGCUGUAUAAAGAUUUAGAAAAGCGGGCUAUUAUCGAUGAAUUCAUUCAUGAGCUAAUUCAAAAUCAGAGAGCUGCUAGUGUUGAUGGUAAUGCGUCUUCUAAUGGCGUUACUGCUGUGAAUGGGGAAUCUUCUGUUACUAAUGGAGACGCUGCUGACUCUGCUAAUGGCGCCAAGACGCAAGAGAACGAUGACAGCUCUUCAUCACCUCUACUUUGGGGAUUAUACUACUUGGCUCAACACUAUUCAUAUCUUUCCAAGCAUGAGCUUGCCUUGAAAACUAUAGACGAGGCUAUCAACAUGUCACCAAAGUUGCUUGAACUUCUUAUGACCAAAGCACAUAUUCUCAAGCGUGCUGGUGAUAUCGAGGGAGCGGCCAAUGUCAUGGACGAGGCUAGAAAAUUAGAUUUAUCGGAUAGAUUCAUCAACACCAAAACCGCCAAAUACCUUCUUCGUGCUAACAAAAUCGACGAGGCUAUUACAACCAUUUCUAUGUUCACCAAGAACGAUGCUAAUGGUAAAGGAGUUCAGGACAUGCACGAUAUGCAGGGUCUGUGGUUCUUGGGUGAACAAGCUGAGGCAUAUGCUCGUAUUGGCAACGAUGGUAUGGCACUUAAACGAUUCCAUGCUGUUUUUUUCAUUUACGAAGAUGCCAAGAAUGACCAGUUUGACUUUCAUUUCUACUGUCCUAGAAGAGGCACUAUUCGGGCCUAUCUCAAUAUGAUCAAUUGGUCCAAAAACGUCGACGGAAACGUUCCAUAUCAACGAGCUGCUGCAGGAGCUAUUAAAAUUUAUCUCAAACUUGCCGUCAAGCAAGCCAGGAGGGAGGCUGGCGAAGCUCCUGAAGAUGAUGACGAGUACCUUGGCAUGGACGAGGCAGAAAAGAAAAAGGCUAUUAAAAAGGCCAAGAAAGAGAGAGCUAAGGAGCUCAAGAAAGAGCAUGAGGAACGUGAAAAGGCGGUAAAUGCCGACCCUGACAUGUUUGGUAAACAGUUACUAGCUACUAGCACCCCAUUACAAGAGGCAUUCAAGAUCUGGAAGCCACUUUCCGAAGCUGCUCCUGAUAAUUACAAGACUUGGCAGCUUGGAUUUGACGUUUAUCUUGCACAGAAGAAGUAUGUUCUUGCUUUACAAGCUCUUUCUAAAGCCAAAGCUUGUGGAGCCAGACAUUCGUGGGUGGUUGGAUCUGCUCUCCGAGCCAAACAUGAUCUAGAAGCAGACGAGGCAGUUCCAGCAGCACUCAAACUUGUGUCUAGCAGAACCCUACCAACUAUUGUCACUGAUGGUAACAUUGUUGAGGAUGAUUUGAAGCUAUUUGCUGACAAGUAUAUUAUCGAUUCAGAGAAACCUAUCUCGAUAGUAGACUGGGCCAAUACCAAAAUAGCCAUCCAGGGUCUGAACGAAGUGCAAACUGAUGUCGAAACCCGUCUCUUGACAGUUCCAUCGCCUACCACUUCGUUAGAAGAUGCUACUGAAGCGUAUAACCUUCUCAGGUCAUGGCGUAGUCCACGUCUCGCCGAGUAUAGAUCUAAAGCAUCCCAACUGUGGCCACGAGCCACCGUCUUUUCGGAAUCUGCCUAA